UAUGAACGAACACAAGAGACCUAACUAAAACUAAACCCUAACUCUCUCUCUCUCUCUUCACUCCCAUUUCUCCCUUUUCUCCGUAGCUCUUUCACGCAUCUACAAUGGCGUCGAUGAUGCAACCGCAAAUCAUACUGCUCAAGGAAGGUACGGACACUUCUCAGGGCAAAGCGCAGCUAGUGAGCAACAUCAACGCUUGCACGGCGGUUGGCGAUGUGGUUCGGACUACGCUCGGGCCACGAGGGAUGGACAAGCUCAUCCACGACGAUAAGGGAUCCGUCACCAUUUCCAACGACGGUGCUACCAUCAUGAAGCUUCUCGACAUUGUCCAUCCUGCCGCUAAGAUCCUCGUCGAUAUCGCCAAAUCACAAGAUUCCGAGGUCGGCGAUGGGACAACCACUGUUGUUCUUCUUGCAGCAGAGUUUUUGAAGGAGGCCAAGCCAUUUAUCGAGGAUGGUGUUCACUCCCAGAAUUUGAUUAGAAGUUACCGCACCGCAAGCACUUUGGCAAUUGAGAAGGUCAAAGAACUCGCUGUUAGCAUUGAGGGGAAGAGUGUUGAGGAAAAGAAAGGUUUGUUGGCUAAAUGUGCUGCUACCACCCUUUCCUCUAAGCUUAUUGGUGGAGAAAAGGAGUUUUUUUCUACAAUGGUUGUUGAUGCUGUUAUGGCGAUUGGGAAUGACGACAGGCUAAAUCUGAUUGGGAUCAAAAAGGUUCCUGGUGGUAAUAUGCGAGACUCUUUCCUAGUUGAUGGUGUAGCUUUCAAAAAGACAUUCUCGUACGCGGGUUUCGAACAACAGCCAAAGAAGUUUGUUAAUCCGAAAAUUCUCCUGCUUAACAUCGAAUUGGAGUUGAAAUCUGAGAAGGAAAACGCUGAGAUUAGACUGUCAGAUCCAUCGCAGUACCAGUCAAUAGUUGAUGCAGAAUGGAAUAUCAUUUAUGACAAGCUAGACAAGUGUGUCGAAAGUGGAGCUAAAGUUGUUCUUUCUCGCUUGGCUAUUGGUGAUCUAGCGACUCAGUAUUUUGCAGAUCGUGAUAUUUUCUGCGCUGGCCGUGUAGCAGAGGAAGAUCUUAAUCGCGUGGCUGCUGCAGCUGGAGGAACAGUUCAGACAAGUGUUAACAAUAUAAUAACCGAGGUUCUCGGAACUUGUGAAAUAUUCGAGGAAAAACAAGUUGGUGGAGAGAGGUUUAACAUCUUCAGUGGCUGCCCUUCAGGACGUACAGCAACUAUUGUCCUCCGUGGUGGAGCUGAUCAGUUUAUUGAAGAAGCUGAGCGGAGUUUACAUGAUGCGAUUAUGAUCGUGAGAAGGGCUGUGAAGAACUCAACUGUUGUUCCUGGAGGUGGAGCUAUAGAUAUGGAGAUUAGCAAGUACCUGAGGCAGCAUUCACGAACAAUUGCUGGGAAGUCUCAGCUUUUCAUCAACUCGUACGCAAAGGCCCUGGAGGUUAUUCCACGACAAUUAUGCGACAAUGCUGGAUUCGAUGCAACUGAUGUCCUGAACAAAUUAAGACAAAAACACGCCAUGCAAAGCGGUGAAGGAGCUUCUUAUGGAGUGGACAUUAACACUGGUGGAAUAGCAGAUUCAUACGCUAACUUCGUCUGGGAACCAGCAGUUGUGAAGAUUAAUGCUAUAAACGCUGCGACUGAAGCAGCCUGCCUUAUUCUUAGUGUGGACGAAACCGUGAAGAACCCUAAAUCUGAGAGCGCACAAGGAGAAGCUGCCGCAGGUGCUAUGGGGAGAGGACGCGGUGGAGGUCGUGGCCGUGGUAUGCGAAGGCGAUAAGUUUUUUUCUCUUAAUGGCAAACAUGUGGGUUUCUUCUUCUUGUCUAAACUUUAGUUUUGUUGAAUUUUGAUCUUGAAAUCAAAAAGCUAGUGUUGGGUUUGUGUUUGUUGAAUUAGAAUACCGUUUGGGCGUCCAUACAAUUUGUGGAAGUGAAAUUUCAGUGUGGUUUUUGGUACACUUAAAGAAAUUUUAUUUGCUUAA